AUGAAGAAAGAGUCUUCCAGAGAAGAGCUGAUAAACGCAUUAAGAGAUGUAGAACUUAACGCCGCCAACGCCAUAUUUGUCGGACCUAACUUCCAAAUAGUUCCAAAGUUUAUCCGCGACACCAGGAACUAUUUUUCAGCCCAAACCGGCAACAUUGAUCUGUCCGCCAAUGGAGGACCAGAGAAACCAAUCAACGACUACAUCGCAGACAAGACUAAAAAUAUCAUUCAAGAUGCACUUUCACCAGGAACUAUUGAUACUGAUACUGUUAUGCUUCUGGUCAACACAAUUUUCUUCAAUGGAACAUGGGAAAGAACUUUUGAUCCACAUGACACAAGAAAUCAAUAUUUCUAUCAGCUUGGUGGCGCAGUGAAACAAGUUGAGACUAUGAAUGACGAGAGGUGGAUGAAACUAAAAAAAGAUGAUGUCAACAAGGUGGAUGUCGGUGAGCUCUCCUUUAGCGGAGGCAGAUUCAGCCUGUACAUCGCUUUACCGCAGGAACUGGAUGGCAUCACUGACCUGGAGGAAAUUAUAGCCAGGCCAGGUCAAGUUCAACAACUCUUCACUGGACUAGAAUAUGAUCGCGUGGACCUAGCCAUACCUAAAUUCAAGACAGAGACCACGCUGUCUCUAAUUCCUACUUUAAGAGACAUGGGUAUUACAAAAGCUUUUGACAACGGUAGAGCUGAUUUUAGAGGAAUAUCGUCAGGUCAAGUCUACGUCAGCGAAGUUAUGCACAAGGCUGUUAUCGAAGUUGAAGAAAGUGGGACCGUGGCAGCGGCUAUGACCUACUCUGGACUAGUUCCGGUUUCUGCUGACCCGUCUCCCAGAGAAAGUUUCAUCGCUGACCAUCCCUUCGUGUACUUCCUGAGAGACAAUCAAACUGGACAGAUUCUCUUCCAAGGGAAAUUCUCGGGUUAAAACACAAUUCUUAAAAAAAAUAAAUAUAAACAAACCUAUAAUCCUAGGUUCAUUAAAUAAAUGCAUUCCUAAACGAA